AUGGCGAACGGAUGGCCCGCGGAGAAGAUCUUCGGGGACGUCAUGUCCUACACCUAUGACGAUAUUAUCUGCCUCCCAGGGUACAUUAAUUUCCCAAUGAGCGAGAUCGACCUCUGCAAUAACUUGACUCCCGAGAUAUCUCUGAAGACACCCAUCAUAUCGUCCCCCAUGGAUACAGUGACGGAGCAUAAAAUGGCCAUUUCGCUAGCUCUGUGUGGAGGACUGGGAAUCAUCCACAACAACAUGAGCAUAGAGAAUCAAAUAGAAGAAGUAAAAAAAGUGAAGCGAUUCGAAAACGGAUUCAUAUUCGAUCCGUACACCUUCUCCCCAGAACACACCGUCGCAGAUGUGAUCGCAACGAAAAAUAAAGUUGGCUACAAAUCGUACCCAAUAACGGUAGAUGGAAAAGUGGGUUCAAAAUUAGUUGGAAUCAUUACAGGGGUAGACUAUCUGUACCUUAGCGAUAAAACGAAAAAAAUAAAAGACAUCAUGACGACGGAAGUCGUUACAGGAAACUAUCCCAUCAAUCUGUCCGAUGCAAAUAAAGUCUUGUGUGAAGAAAAAAAAAGCAUCCUUCCAAUCGUCAAUAAUAAUUACGAGUUAAUAGCCCUUGUCUGCAGAAACGAUAUGCACAAAAAUAAGAUAUUUCCUCAUGCUUCUAAAAGCCAGAAUAAGCAGCUAAUCGUAGGAGCUGCCAUUUCUACCAGGGAACAUGACUUGGAGAGGGCCAGUCAGCUCAUAAAAAAUAUGAUUGAUAUUAUCUGUAUCGACGCGUCUCAAGGGAACAGCAUAUACCAGAUUGAUACGAUUAAAAAGAUUAAAGCAGCUCACCCGGAGAUUCCAAUUAUUGGAGGAAAUGUUGUUACAUGUGAUCAGGCGAAAAAUCUAAUAGAUGCAGGAGCUGAUGUGUUGCGAAUAGGAAUGGGUAGCGGUUCUAUCUGUACCACGCAAGAUGUAUGUGCCAUUGGAAGAGCUCAAGGCACCGCUGUGUACCAUGUAAGUAAUUAUGCCCACACGAGAAAUAUUAAGACGAUUGCUGAUGGAGGGAUUAAAAACUCUGGGAAUAUCGUCAAAGCUUUGUCCGUUGGUGCAGACUUCGUCAUGAUGGGAAACCUCUUAGCUGCAACGGAGGAAAGUUGUAGUGAUUACUAUUUUGAAAAUAAUGUCCGUCUAAAAAUAUACAGAGGAAUGGGUAGCAUGGAAGCCAUGUACAACAAAGGAUUUAAUUCGAAAAGUAGAUACCUCAUAGAAGAGAGAAAAAAUGAUGCACUGUGUGAUCAGACUGAAGAAAUAAAAGUAUCUCAAGGGGUCUCAGCUAGCUUAGUGGACAAAGGAUCGGUUCUCAAUUUGAUUCCUCAUCUUGUUAAGGCUGUUAAGCAUGGCUUCCAGAGCAUGGGUAUUAGAAACAUCCCUGAAUUGCACUCCAGAUUGUACUCGGGCGACCUCAAGUUCGACGUGCGCUCCUUUAACACCAUCAAGGAAGGCCGCAUAAGCGACAACCUUAUAUUCAGCAAUAAGAAGUUCACGCCGUGA